AUGUUUAAGUUACUCGUAUGUAUUUUCCUUUGUGGGAUCGUGCUCUUCAGCGCAGCGCAGCCACAGGAAGGAGAUGUCCUGCCGGGAUAUCACAAUCUUAAGAAGCUCAGGCCGCUGGGAACUGAAUUUGCCGAGUACUUCCAUAAUGUUACCCUGAGUGACCUGGAAGUCCGGGACCCAAGGCUGCCAAGUCAGCAGGAUCUACUGUGCCUCAGGCACAUGACUCAGCUCACAUUGGGCCUCGCAUCUGGUGAAUUUUGGGCGCUAAAAAUGAUUGACUCGUGGGGUCUUAUUCCAUCUGGCAUCCUCACUGGCAACCAAAACGACCUGGGAAACUUCGACGAGUGCCUCAGUAUCACAAAGGACUCCAUCCGUGGAAAGUACUGCUUUCUAGAGACCACUGUCAGUAAAAUACUCGGCGUCAAUGGAGCGGCAGCUGAGUUUUGGAAACUAAGAGUUGCAACUUGCUUUCCCGCCUCCUGUUCAGCCAGUCACAUGAACAAGUUCCUAAGUCAGAUGACUCAGAGGGUCUUCAACGUGAGUAUCCCCAGCACAGUGAUGAGUAUCAGCGAUAGCACCUGCCAGACGAGUGAACGCGAACCCUGCGAUGGAUUAACCAUUUUCACAAUAGUGCUCUUAUCGAUAAUGGGCUCCAUCGUGGCUCUCUGCACCGUAUACGACUACUUCAGUUGCCACACUCAAAAUCAACUUCCAGCGAUGGUCAAGGUAUUCUCGGCCAGGACCAAUUCCCGGGCCCUGUUCCGCAUCGUUGAGACGAAGCCCAGCUCGAACGUGAUCGACUGCCUUCAUGGGAUUCGGUGCAUGUCCCUCGUGUGGGUGGUCUUCUGUCACGAACAAGGAUAUUUCCUGUCAUCGGCAUAUCUUAACAUCUUCGAUAUCCUUCGGUGGGUAGAAUACCCAUCAUCUAGCAUUUAUCUGCACGGCUUCUUCUCCGUGGAUUCAUUUUUCGUGAUCGGCGGCCUUCUGGUGGCGUUGAUUAGCCUGCGCAUGAUGGACAAAUCAAAGGGAAAAUUGAAUGUGCCUUUGAUGUACCUGCACCGCCUGAUCCGCAUACUUCCCAAUGUGGCCGUGGCCAUGCUCAUCUACACAAAACUCAUGGGUCUGAUGGCCGACGGUCCGCUCUUCAAGGGCGGAUACAGUGGUAAAGCGGUCUGUGGAAAAUCUUGGCAUCGAACUCUGCUGUUCGUAAACAACUAUUUCCUUGAAAGGUGCCUUCCCCAUACCUGGUAUCUCUGCGUGGACGUGCAGCUAUUCCUCAUCUCUCCAAUCCUGCUGAUCAGCCUUCAUAAAUGGGGCAAGAAGGCAGCUGCUGUUAUAGUCGUGGUCAUCGGCCUGUUGGCCGCCUUGCUCUUUGGAUCGAUGAUGGUACACCACUACUCACUCGUGCUGAAGAACACCAACGAAGAGUCGCAAAGGCUGUACACCUCAACGCACUACCAUUGCACUCCCUGGCUCAUAGGAUUCAUAUUCGGCUACUUCCUGUACCUUAACCAGGGCAAGAAGUUCCGCCUGAACUGGUUAGCUGUGUGGUCUGGGUGGAUACUUUGUUUGGCCAUGAUAUUCACCUCGAUAUUCGCCAUCUAUCCGGCGGCAAAGUGGACCACCCCCGCUCCGUCCAGCCUGGAAGAGGCUUCUUACUACACUUUCACCCGGUUGGGCUGGUCAUUGGCUAUUUGCUGGGUGAUCUUCGCCUGCAUGCAAGGAUACGGGGGUCUGGCCAACAGCUUCCUGUCCUCUCCACUGUGGCAACCCCUCUCGAGGCUAUCGUACUCCGUCUACAUUUGGCACGUUUUUAUGCAGGAGCUGAACGCCCGAAGAACUAGGACCAACACGUACUAUUCGGACUACAACAUGAUGCUCAAAUUUUGGUCAGACAUUGGAUUCACCUUCUUGCUUUCCUAUCUGCUCUACCUGAUCAUCGAAGCACCUUUCAAUGGACUUGAUAUUUUCAUCCGGCCUCAAAGGAAGGCACCUCCUACCAUGAAAACCCAGACGAACUCAGAACCUACGCAGGAGAUUCAGAAUAUUGAAGAUGGAUCAAACAUUACAGAAGAGCUCAAGGAUUGCGACACUGUACCGACUAAUUCAGUGUCCAAAUAA